AUGGGUCCCGGUACAAGAGCGGCGGCUUCUCGCAAACGAACAAACGAUAACAAUGCACCUCCUCCCUCGAACAAGAGGUUCCGUACAACACAGUCUCAGCAACAAGUAUCGGAGACGUCACCCCAAAAUGGCCCCGCCGAUCAGCCCACAACCCCUGUUGAGAACACCGAUAGCCUGAACACAGAGCUCGAAGAACUACGCGAAUACAAGAGACAAGCAGAGGCCAAGGAAGUCGAGACGGCUCGCGAACUCGAAAAUUUGCAAGAAGCCAAGCGACAACAAUCAGCUGAAGUGAGGACUUUGAAAGAUGCUCACGAGGAAGCACGAGAGGCUGCACGUACUUACUUCGAGGAGUCGACGAAUCUACGCGAACAGGUGGAGGCCUACAGAAUAGCCGGGCAAUCAAGAGGCGACAACCGCGAGAGGCUUGAAGAGCUCGAGGAGGAACAUGAAAAGAUCCAGGACCUUGGUGGCUUGGACAAGAUCUGCAAGGAUCUUGAAUAUUACGAAGAGCUAGGAGAUAUUGAGGACUUGCGAGACUUGCAUGAUCAACUUGACGAUGAAUUCGGCGGGAUUGAGAACUUCAGAGAAGACUUACUGCAGCUUGAAGAUCUAGGAGGUCUGGAUGAAAUCCGGGAAACACACGAUCAACUUAGACAUUUGGGAGGCCUGGUGCUCCUUCGAGAAGAACGUGAGUACGACAAAGAACGUCUAGAAGAGCUGGAACAAGAAUGCGAGCGACUGGGGGAGAUUCAAGGAGCCCUCCGUGCUGUCGAGGCGCAAAGAGAUCAUGCUCGCCUCGAGCGAGACGAGGCGAAGAGGAGAGAAGGAGUGACAAUGGAUGCCAUGACUGGUGCACUCCAAAAUCGCGACAAUACCAUCGCCGCACUUCGCAAAGAUCUACACAGCGAACGACAAGCUCUAUACGAGUUGCGCUCGAGCCGCCCAAUUCCCGCCCGAGAGUCAGGAGAUGAGGACCAACCAGAGCCAAACAACCAUACAGAUGCAGAACUUGGACUCCUCUGGGUCUCAUCAGUCUGCGAAGUAGCCAAAGCAAAUAUCAAGAAGCAGAUGACCAAAGCUUCGACGUCCGUAAGGAGGAAACCAGCACCAUGGUUCCACAUCGGCACAUGCCCGACUACAGAUGUUUUCUGCCACAUAUUCAGACUGACCACCCCCAAGCAGUCUUUCAAAAUCGCGGCGACGGAACUUGAUCGUGUCCUGGGAGGUCCCGUCGAGAAUUUCUCUAUUGCCGUUGGUCCUGUUGUUUUGGUUGGAGACGUUAAUGUCUACUGGGAUCCAAAAACAUUGACUUUCAGAAUGAGUGGCACCUUUGGUCAAUCCUUGACCACUCAACACGACAAUGAUGAUAUGAGAUUUUCCUACGUCAAUGAGCACGGAGAGUCCGUCAACAAGUAUGGAGAGGUCCUCUACGUACAUUGAGCCAUCAGCAAAACUCAUCUUCGUCAACACGCAUGCACAGCGAUCCCGAGCUUCUUCGAGUAUUACAAGCAGAAUCAACAGCUCUCGAUGAACAUAUCCUGGGGGACUUGUGAAUAAUAUUGGAGAUUCUCUGAUUGCCUCUGUUUCUUUUCUCGGUCAUCUUCCGCAUAGAAUUCAGUCCUGGACGACAUCCUUCCUCCAAGUCAUCCACCGUCACCACCACCACUCACGAGGGCGAGGAGAUCGCACCAUGACCG